AUGUCUGAGUUUGACAUUGGUAAGCAUUGUAGCUAUGAUGAAUGCAGUAGGUUGGAUUUCUUACCAUUUACGUGCGAUGUGUGUGCCAAUAUUUUCUGUAAAGAUCACGAGAAACCAGCCGAACAUAAGUGCACGAAACUGCCGAAGGCUGUGACAUUAGAUGUUUCUACAUUACAACCGCCACCUAAGUACGAAUGUACGUUUUUAAACUGUCACAAAUCGGAAUUGGUUCCAGUGAAAUGUUCCGCGUGUUUCGAACAGUUUUGCUUAAACCACAGGUCGCAAGAAGAUCACAAAUGUGAAGCAAAGUUUGCGAAAAAAGACGUGAAAAAGUUAAUCGUGUUGCAAUCUUUUCCCAAAAGUAGCUUCAAGGCUUAUUUUAAGGGAGCGAAAUCUGAGAAAUUGGCUGCAAAAGUUCAAGUUAUGAAGUUAAAGCAGAAAGCUGUGGGUAGAAAUGACAUUCCACAAGAACAUAGAAUUUAUUUCUCAAUCCAGUAUAUUCUAGAUGGGCGGGUCAUCAAAACUAGCGAGGUGUUUGUGAGUUAUCACUGGAAAGUCGGGAAAAUGUUGGAUUACUGCUGUGAUAACAUGAACAUUGUGAAUAAAAAUAAUGUAAAUUGUGACGAAAAAUUGAAACUUUGUUCAGCUAAGUCUGGAGUUGUUUAUUCUGCAAAUGAAGAAAUUAAAAUUUUAUUGGAAAAUGAAAAAUUAUUUAACGGUUCAAAUAUUGUGAUAACUAACGUGCCGACUCAUGUUACACAGGUUGAAUUUUCUGCUGAGUAAUAAUAGUUAUUGUGGCCAGUUGUUUGCUCACAGUAAUGUAUUAUGAUGAUUUUGUGUUAUUCUUGCUUAUAAUUUUCAUGUAUUUUUUCACAGA